GGACAGCAACGGAGCAUCCUGACGUCUUUCUCGAUACAUCUCGGUCAUCGUGCGUCCUCGUCCACGUUAAAAUGUUCUCCCGAGUCGUACAAAGAAGACGUUAAAUCAUUUUAACUUACAUCUUUUAGUUUUGUUGAUUCGGACGGAUUUUCUUAUGCGUGUGAUCCUGAUGGCCCACACCGUCCUCAGCAUCAGGACCAGCACAGGAGGGCCGGAGAGGCAGGGAGGCGCUGGACUCCAUCAGCAACACACCUAGCAGGUGGCUUCAGCGAGUCCCCAGGGUUGACCACGUUGCCUUCACUGACCUUUGGCAUUCCUUCAACGCACCAGCAAGAGUUCCCCAAUUUGCAUAUCCUUGUCAAGCUGUUGAAAUGUCCGGUGCCGGACGCCGUGACGGAGCACCACAGGGGGGCCCGGCGCUCUGCACUCGGUAGGAACCUGCCUCGAUUGAACAAGACGUGAAAUGAGGAUUACCGAGUUGGUGAGGAGCGACACGACUUGUCUCAGUGGACUGUGACCAGGCGGACAACUUUUGUGGGCAAGAACAAGGUGCAAGAUGUCUCAGCACCACGCGGGCCUCAGCUCCGACACCACGGAGAAGGCUCGCUUAGAACUGAACGAGAACCCGGACACGCUGCACCAGGACAUCCAGCAGGUGCGGGACAUGAUCGUGACCCGACCCGACAUCGGCUUCCUGCGUACGGACGACGACUUCAUCCUGCGCUUUCUGAGAGCCAGGAAGUUCGACCAGGUGGAGACGUUCCGCCUGCUGGCCCAGUAUUUCCAGUUCCGACAGCAGAACCUGGACAUGUUCCAGAGCUUCAAGGUGGACGACCCGGGCAUCAAGCGAGCGUUGAUGGACGGCUUUCCGGGCGUGCUGGAGAUUCCGGACCAACACGGGCGAAAGAUUCUCAUCCUGUUCGCUUCCAACUGGGACCAGAGCAGGAACUCCUUUACGGACAUCUUGCGAGCCAUCCUGCUCUCCUUGGAAGUCCUGAUCGAGAAGCCGGAGCUCCAGAUCAACGGCUUCAUCCUCAUCAUCGACUGGAGCAAUUUCUCCUUCAAGCAAGCCUCCAAGCUCACGCCAAACAUCCUCAAACUGGCCAUCGAGGGCCUGCAGGACAGCUUUCCCGCUCGCUUCGGAGGGAUCCAUUUUGUCAACCAACCGUGGUACAUCCACGCCAUGUACACCAUCAUCAAGCCCUUCCUCAAAGACAAGACCAGGAAGCGGAUCUUUCUCCAUGGCAACAACCUCAACUCGCUCCACCAGCUCAUCCAGCCCGAGUGCUUGCCAUCCGAGUUUGGCGGGACGCUGCCGCCGUACGACAUGGGCAUCUGGGCCAGGACCCUACUGGGACCGGACUACAUGGACGAGACCGAGUACACGUUGACGUACGAUGCCCUGCACGUCAGGGAGAACUGCGGGGGCGGGGGGGACAAGGAGGCCAUGAAGAGGUCUCAGUCUGUGGUCAGUCCUGCAACUCUGCGACAGACGGACCGAGAGACCAGCACUCCACUCUUGGCCCUGGACUGAACACACACACGCACGCACAUACACUUGCUGUUUUGUCCUGACCACCUGAACUUUUUGACUUCCUGUCUCUGAGCCUGCUGCGCAACAGCAGCACACAGUCUCGUUAUUUGUGCGUCCUCACACACACACACACACACAUACACACACACACACACACACACACACACACACACACACACACACACACACACCACUAGUUAGCUUCCGAGAAGGAAUGUAGACGCUACUUAAUGACUAUCGUGACUUUUAAAUUGUGACCGCAAGGAAAACCCGAAUGUUUAGUCGCCAACCGCGUUUGUGAGUUGAAACGCGGUGUGAACCUCGUUUGACGUUAAUUGUGCUGCUAGGAAUCAGCGACAACAUGGCAAGCGGGGGACGGUUAUUGUUGUUGUUAGCAUAGCUGCUUUGCACGGCGGCCAACGGACAACCUGCCAACACAGAAAUGAUCGAAAACAGCCUAAACCGCUAACAUUGGAAAGUAGUACAGAGCACCCAAUUCACGUAGAUAAUGUCAACGUUCGAAUAACACCAAUAGUUUUUUUUAGAAAAAGAUAACUUUCUUCUGCGCAUCUCUAAAGCCUUAAAGGGGAACAUUAGCACCAUUUCUGAAGGGUUAAAACCAAUACAAAUCAGUUCCCAGUGGCUUAUUUUAUUUUUCAAAGUUUUUCUCAAAAUUUUACCCAUCACGCAAUAUCCCGAAAAACGGCUUCAAAGUACCUGAUUUACAACAUCGCUAUAUCCACCCGUCUAUUAGCCUGUGACGUCACUGAGUGAAGCCACCAGAAACAAACAUGGCGGAUAGCACAGUAGCUCAGAUUCAGACUCGUAUUUCAGCCACGCAAGCGAUUUAACAGAUUACGCAUGUAUUGAAACGGAUGGUUGGAGUAUGCAGGCAGAUAGCGAAAACGAAAUUGAAGAAGAAACUGAAGCUAUUGAGCCAUAUCGCUUUGAACCGUAUACAAGCGAGAGGAAGCGAGGACGAAUUCUGCGAUCGCCUUCUAUCCAACGAUUGGUAUGUGUUUGUUUGGCAUUAAAUGUAGGUGGAGGGAAAGGCUUGAUGCAAAAAUAGCUACAAAUGAGGCAUAAUGAUGCGAUAUGUACCUACAGCUAGCCUAAAUAGCAUGUUAGCAUCGAUUAGCUUGCAGUCAUGCCGUGACCAAAUCGGUGGCAGAGGGGUUAGUGCGCCUGCCUCACAAUACGAAGGUCCUGCAGUCCUGGGUUCAAAUCAAGGUUCGGGAUCUUUCUGUGUAGAGUUUGCAUGUUCUCCCCGUGAAUGCGUGGGUUCCCUCCGGGUACUCCGGCUUCCUCCCACUUCCAAAGACAUGCACCUGGGGAUAGGUUGAUUGGCAACACUAAAUUGGCCCUAGUGUGUGAAUGUUGUCUAUCUGUGUUGGCCCUGUGAUGAGGUGGCGACUUGUCCAGGGUGUACCCCGCCUUCCGCCCGAUUGUAGCUGAGAUAGGCGCCAGCGCCCCCCGCGAUCCCAAAAGGGAAUAAGCGGUAGAAAAUGGAUGGACGAUAUGUACCUACAGCUAGCCUAAAUAGCAUGUUAGCAUUGAUUAGCUUGCAGUCAGGCCGUGACCAAAUAUGUCUGAUUAGCACACUCCAUAUAAGUCAAUAACAUCAAGAAAACUCACCUUUGUGAUUUCGUUGACUUUAUCGUUGGAAAUGCAUCUGCUUUGAGUGUCGCAGGAUAUCCACACUUUCUUGCCAUCUCUGUCGUAGCAUAGCUGUCGUCGGUAACGUGUGCGGAACAAACGAGGGACUUUCACAUCUUUUGGCCACUGGUGCAACUUGAAUCCGUCUUGUUUUGUUCCACCCUCCGACAACACACCGACGAGGCAUGAUGUCUCCAAGGUACGGGAAAACAGUCGAAAAAACGGAAAAUAACAGAGCUGAUUAGACUUGGUGCGUGUAAUGAGAUUGAGAAAAUGGCGGAUCCGCUUCACGAUGUGACGUUAUCGCUCCGACAGGCUAUCAAUUGAAAGGCGUUUAAAUUGCCAAAUUCACCCUUUUAGAGUUCGGAAAUCGGUUAAAAAAACAUACGGUCUUUUUUCUGCAACAUCAAGGUAUAUAUUGAUGCUUACAUAGGUCUGGUGAUAAUGUUCCCCUUUAACUUCCUGGUAGCCUUGCUGACUUUCUUGUAGUCCGGCUAACUUCCUGUGAGUCUUGCUAACUUCUUGGCAGCCUGGCUAACUUCCUGGUAGCCUCAAGUAUAUCGAGCUGCGGCCGCGCAGAACUACUCUAAGUCACAUCCACUCCAAGUCGCAGCCACUUUAGGUUAGGUCGCGCCAACUUUAAGUCUAAGUCGUGUCCACUUAGGGUUAGGGUUACUGAAAGCCACUACUAGCGACCACGCAGUCUGAUAGUUUAUAUAUCAAUGAUGAAAUAUUAACAUUGCAACACAUGCCAAUACGGCCUUUUUAGUUUACUAAAUUGCAAUUUUAAAUUUCCCGCGAAGUAUCCUGUUGAAAACGUCGCUGUAUGAUGACUCGUAUGAUGACGCGUGCGUUUGACGUCACCGGUUGUAGUGGACAUUAUUUUCCAGCCCGAUCUGAGCUAUAAGUAGUCUGCUUUAAUCACAUAAAUACACAGUAUUCUGGACAUCUGUGUUGCUGAAUCUUUUGCAAUUUGUUCAAUUAAUAAUGGAGAAGUCAAAGUAGAAAGAUGGAGGUGGGAAGCUUUUAGCCUUUAGCCAAAAAAACACAGCCGGUGUUUCCUUGUUUAAAAUUACCCAGAGGUGAAGCUUUACUAUGGAUCGGGGCAGUCAAGCGAACAUGGAUCCCGACUACAUGUCAACCGGCAGUUUUCGGUGAGAAAAUUGUGGUAAUAAGUCGCCUCUUACCGGAGACAUCAGCUGAGCUUCCGUACUGCUGCAGCUGCUGUGACUUCCCUCAGAGACUCUGGCAUCAACACACCCGUGGCCACACCCCUCCGACUUUCAUGGACUAUUUAACUCACUAAAACACUAGCAACACAAUAGGCAGAAAAGGGAUUUCCCAGAAUUAUCCUAGUAAACGUGUCUAAAAACAUCUGAAUCUCUCCCACUGCAAUUGCCUUUUUUCUUCUUCUAGUCCUUCACUCCGGGUUGGGGAGGAGACCCUGCCCCAAGUGGAGGAGUUCAAGUACUUAGGAGUCUUGUUCACGAGUGAGGGAAGAGUGGAUCGUGAGAUCGACAGGCGGAUCGGUGCGGCGUCUUCAGUAAUGCAGACGUUGUACCGAUCCGUUGUGGUGAAGAAGGAGCUGAGCCGGAAGGCAAAGCUCUCAAUUUACCGGUCGAUCUACGUUCCCAUCUUCACCUAUGGUCAUGAGCUUUGGGUCAUGACCGAAAGGAUAAGAUCACGGGUACAAGCGGCCGAAAUGAGUUUCCUCCGCCGCGUGGCAGGGCUCUCCCUUAGAGAUAGGGUGAGAAGCUCUGCCAUCCGUGAGGAACUCAAAGUAAAGCCGCUGCUCCUUCACAUCGAGAGGAGCCAGAUGAGGUGGUUCGGGCAUCUGGUCCGGAUGCCACCCGAACGCCUCCCUAGGGAGGUGUUUAGGGCACGUCCAACCGGUAGGAGGCCACGGGAAACACCCAGGACACUUUGGGAAGACUAUGUCUCCCGGCUGGCCUGGGAACGCCUCGGGAUCCCCCGGGAAGAGCUAGACGAAGUGGCUGGGGAGAGGGAAGUAUGGGUUUCUCUGCUUAGGCUGUUGCCCCCGCGACCCGACCUCGGAUAAGCGGAAGAAGAUGGAUGGAUGGAUGGAUGGAUAGUCCUUCACUCUAAAUUUCCUCAUCCACGAAUCUCUCCUCCUCGCUCAAAUUAAUGGGGAAAUUGUCGCUUUCUCGGUCCGAAUAGCUCCUGCUGCUGGUGGCCAUGAUUAUAAACAAUGUGAGGAUGUGAGGAGCCCUACAACCCGUGACGUCACGCGCACAUCGUCUGCUACUUCCGGUAAAGGCAAGGCUUUUUUAUUAGCGACCAAAAGUUGCGAACUUUAUCGUCGAUGUUCUCUACUAAAUCCUUUCAGCAAAAAUAUGGCAAUGUCGCGAAAUGAUCAAGUAUGACACAUAGAAUGGACAUGCUAUCCCCGUUUAAAUAAGAAAAUCUCAUUUCAGUAGGCCUUUAACUUUGAUGGCAUUUUAGGGAUCACAUCGCCGUAACAAAAUAUGCUUUCACAGCAAGUGAUGAAGUUGGUUUUUUUUGCUUAUCCAAACAAUUUAAACAAUUGCGUUGUUAUUCAGUAAUAUUUUCAGCAAAGUCAUAACGUUACAACCCUUGCUAACUUCCUGGUAGCUUGGCUAACUUUCGUUUUGUCCCACCAACCUGCAGCAAUUCUCUCAUGCAGUAAUUAUUUUGUGCGAUUUCGAAUCAUUUCUGUGUUUCGAGCAUUUGGACGGCGCCACGCAGGUCUAAGGUUGCGUAUGCCAGCUUUCUGGUUUCUGCCGCGACUCAGAAGCCACAAAAAGAUCGCAGUGUUAAUGUGAAGCUCCCACGCAAUCAAACAUACUUCACGGAUUGUUGCUUCUUUCCUGCCAAAACGUGAAUGAGUACACCUUUGGAAGUGUCAAACUGUCAGAAUGCCAGAAAUGUCACUUUGGUAGAAUCGUCGUGCUGUUUCUUGGAUCCAACACCGUAACAAACCACAACGCUGCACCGCCACAUGCAUGACGAUUAGGAAAGUUCUAUCAAAGUGCCACGUGUCAUUCAUCAUUAAGUAUCGUGCUGAAAAUGCCAAAAUGUCACAAAAGAGAAAAGAUUGUUUUUAUUGAAUUUAAGCUACUUCGAAAAGAUUGUAUAGUUUGUGUAUUAGUGCACUGCCAGAGAAGGUGCAUUAAGAUGCUGUUUGUCCUCAUUUCUUUGCAGUGCAACUCCACAUCAGGGCUACACUCAUCUCUAAUGUAUUUACCGCAGAAUGUAUACAAGUAAACAUUUACACCUCCA